AUGAUACAAUCUACAAUUAGGAAAUGUUUUUUAACAAAAUCAAUAAAAUUACCAAUAUAUAAUAGUAUUAUUUGUAACAAUUCAAAACCAAAUAUUUUAAACAGUAUUAAUAAGAAUAGUUUUAUAAUAAAUAAAAAUAAAAGCUUUUAUAGUACAACUUCAUCCAAUAAUAAUAAUAAUAAAAAUGAAACAUCAUUAGAAUCAUGCAACAAUAUUAAAGAUAAAGACGGUAAUAUCUUAAAAGUAUUAGAUGAUGACUCACCAAGAAAUCUAGCAUCAACCGGUUUGGUCGAAGCCUUAUUACCAAAAAAACAACAACCAGAUUUACCAUUAGUAGACCCAAUUAGCCAAGCAUCAUCAAAUACAAUAGAGUUAUCCGAUCAAUACUCCGAUCCAUUAUUAGAUCCAAUUGUUAAAGUAUUUUCUGUAUUAACUUCACCAAAUCAUUUUAUCCCAUGGCAAAUGAAACCACAAAGAGAGGUUACUGGUAGUGGUUUUAUAAUCAGCGGAAGAAGAAUUUUAACAAAUGCACAUGUUGUUGCAGAUCAAACUUUAGUAAUGGUAACCAAGUUUGGUAAUCCAAAUAAAUUUCCAGCAAAGUUAAUAUCAUCAGCACAUGAAUACGAUUUGGCAAUGUUAACAGUGGAGGAUGAUGAGUUUUGGAAAGAUAUUGUACCAUUAGAAAUGGGUGAUUUACCAGACUUACAAGAUACAGUAACUGUUGUUGGUUUUCCAACUGGUGGAUCUAAUAUUUGUGUAACACAGGGUGUUGUUUCAAGAAUCGAUUUACAACCAUAUGCUCAUUCAGAGAUACGUUCAUUAUCGAUUCAAAUUGAUGCUGCUAUCAAUCCAGGAAACUCUGGUGGACCAGCACUUAAAGACGGUAAAGUUGUUGGUAUUGCAUUUCAGAAUUUAGCAGGUGCAUCAUCGAUUGGCUUCAUUAUUCCAACACCAGUUGUUCGUAGAUUCAUUAGAGAUAUAGAGCUAAAUGGUAAAUUUACUGGUGUUCCAAUGUUGGGCAUCAUUUCACAAAAUUUAGAUUCAAUGCCAAAGGACUACUUUAAGAUUCCAGCUUCGUCAACUGGUGUGGUUGUCAAUGAACUCCAUCCAUUUUCAGGCGCUAAAAAUGCAAUUAAAAUUCAAGAUAUCAUUACACACAUCAACGGUGUAUCUUUGGCCGAUGAUGGUUCCAUCGCAUUCCGUAGACGUGAACGUAUUAGUUUCGAAUAUUUAUUUAGCAGUCAUUUCAUUGGUGAUAAAAUCGAUAUCACCGUUUUAAGAGAUGGCGAACGUUUAAAUCUUCAAGUACCAUUAGUUAACCAACAUCGUGUUGUACCAUUCCAAAUGUAUGAUAGCCGUCCAAGCUAUUUUGUUUAUUCUGGUCUUGUCUUUGUACCAAUUACCUAUCCAUUCCUUUUAGAGCUCUCGGAAGAUUUAGCUGUAACCUACCGUAGAAUUUAUGAACGUAUCGAAAAGAUAACAUCGGAAGAUUUCCAAGUUGUCAUUCUUUCACAAGUCCUCUUUGAUAAAACAAACCAUGGUUACUCUAAUUUAAGUUUAUGUGAAGUUAAAAAGGUAAAUGGUGUACCAGUAAGAAAUUUAAAGCAUUUGGUCCAACUCAUCGAAUCAAACGAAAAUAAAUAUUUAGUAAUCACUUUGGAACACGAAAAUUUAAUUAUUUUAGAUAAAGACGAAGCUCAAGAGGCAAAUGUUAGAGUAAUGAGCCAACAUGCCAUUCCACACCUAAAAUCUUUAGAUUUAAGACUUUUAGAACAAAAUAAUAAAAAAGAAGAAAUUUUAGAAGGAGAAAUAACUUCUAAAUAG